GUGCGCUGUAAAGAGGAAACGAAAGCCAGUGUUAGGAAGGCCCUGGCGAUGAGUUUGCAGGGAUGUGGGCGGCGUGUUUCGCAAUCACCCAAACCCUUCGCUUAAAUAGCUUUCCACCAAUGAUUUGCGAAGAAGCUAUUUGCCAAUUGCCCGGCUCCUGAGUGUUACAAAAAGCAGCAGCAGCAGCAACAGGAGGAGGGGUUGGUUGUGAAGUUAGGAAACAGUUCUACCUCGCGUGGCAUGCGGGGAUGUGGAGCCUCACGGCCAGUGAAACUUUAACUUCCUACAACUUUGCAGCCUGAAAGAAAACAGCAGGUUGUUUAGAUUGCGUCUUCGGACGGGGAAAUGCAGCGUUUCACGCAGGGUAUCGAAGGCGGCGUCUCAUGGUGUCAUGGUAGGAUGGAGGAACAACAGAACCACCAUUCCCUUCCUCUGGAGGACCAGAACAAGUUCCUCUACACGCCGGGCUCGCCGCGUGCGCAGGAGAACCAGAGGCACUCGCCCACCUACACCUACCGCAGCAGACUGGGGGACUUCCGUAUCGAGAAGAAGAUUGGCCGGGGCCAGUUCAGUGAAGUCUACCGAGCAACCUACCUACACAAUGGAAAGGCGGUGGCAUUGAAGAAAGUCCAGGUAUUUGAGAUGAUGGAUGCAAAGGCAAGACAAGACUGCAUCAACGAGAUUGACCUUCUAAAGCAAUUGAAUCACCCCAACAUAAUUAAGUACCUGGAUUCCUUCAUUGAGGACAAUGAGCUGAACAUUGCACUGGAAUUGGCAGAUGCAGGGGAUCUCUCCCAGAUGAUUAAGUACUUCAAAAAGCAAAAGAGGCUAAUUCCAGAAAGAACAAUAUGGAAAUACUUUGUGCAGCUAUGCAGCGCAGUGGAGCACAUGCACUCCCGAAGGGUGAUGCACAGAGACAUCAAGCCGGCCAACGUCUUCAUCACAGCCACGGGGGCGGUGAAGCUCGGGGACCUGGGCCUGGGACGCUUCUUCAGCUCCAAGACGACGGCAGCUCACUCCCUCGUUGGAACGCCGUACUACAUGUCUCCAGAAAGAAUACAUGAAAAUGGUUACAACUUCAAAUCCGAUGUUUGGUCACUUGGCUGCUUAUUAUAUGAGAUGGCUGCCCUCCAGAGCCCCUUCUAUGGAGAUAAAAUGAAUCUAUUCUCUCUCUGCAAAAAGAUCGAGCAAUGUGACUACCCGCCUCUCCCAGCAGAACACUUUUCCGAGAAGCUGCGAGAGCUGGUGAUCAUGUGCAUCAAUCCCGACCCCGAUCUGCGGCCAGAUGUCAGCUUCAUGCACCAAAUAGCAAAGCAGAUGCACGGGUGGGCAGCCAGCACCUGAACUCUGACCUCGUGGAAGUUUAUGCGAGAACAAUUGCAGCACACCCCAGCUUGAAGUUUGUUUUAAAAGAAACAAAAUAAGCACGGCAGUGAAGAUCUAAAGGGAGAAUGCACCACCAGUGGAACGUGAUAGACCCAUUUUGGAAUCAAAUGGCACUGUAAGGACUGUUAGCGAGUAGACUUUUAGCAAUUGUAGAAUGGUUAACUUCUGUCCUCCGAUCGAAUGCAACAGGAAUGAUAUAGUUUUCAUGCUUCUGUGUUACAUUUUCAAAAUGUAUUUAUAGAUAUGCUUUCUGAUUUCUUACUCUUAUGUUGUCUAUAAAUUUCAGUGCAGCAAAGUUUAACAAUGUUCAAUGGUUAUGUAGAAUGGAAUUCUGUACGCGUUCUGGACAUACAAUUUUGGUCAGUGUGGAAUCAGAGGAAAUCGAAGAAGUGAGUCACAUGGAUCUUCCAGUAUGCUCAGUCAGAAGAUGUUUAGAUAGAUAGAAAUGUUAGACCAAUUUUAGUCACGUUUGAAAAUUGUCCACCUAAAGCUCUUGGUAAGAGUUGAUAGCUGUACUGAAAGGAUGAUUUGGAAGAAAGCAAAUAUAUUGUCUUUUAUUUGUAUGUUAGAUACUCCAGCAACAGCAGUAUGGAAUGGAAAACAUACUAGUUUCCUAGUUGGCCUUUGCACUGUUUACUCAGACCCGGUCCAUGGAAUAGAGUCCGCCUACAGCAAAAUAACUUUUUAACAUUGAGUAUUUGAGUAGUCAAUGGAAUCAGUCCUCAAAUGAGGUUCUUUGUUGGAGGUUAUUUCUAAGCCGGAAAAUAAGCAGCAGGGAGAACGCUGUUCUGUUGAUAAGGAUAGGAACCGUGUACACUUCUGUUAUGGCCAAAGGGUACUUGGCAAACAGAUUCCAUGUGCCAAAUGUAAGUCAACUUUGCUAAUCUACUUCUUCCCACUAAAUUGUAACAACAUAUGAAAUUCCUCAUCCCUUUCUCCACCAAUUUUCAAUUAAACAUAAUUAGAAGGGAUUAUCGCAAGCAGAAAAGGAGUUUUAUUUAUUGAUAUAUCAUCUGUUUCACUUGCCAAGUCACUGCGUUGGCAUCAGAAACAUCCUUCAGUCCCAGUUUUCAAACUAAGAGCAGUGACAGUCAGUUCUUUUUCUUCUUUUAACCUCUGUCACGACCUGUUCCAGACACCUUUGCUGUUACUUGCUCACACAAUGGCAUAUUUUAAUAAAAGUACCACAUACAAAAAAUUGGAUUCUCAGAGCGAGCAGAGCAGAGCAGUUUGGGUGUGGAUCAACAGGAACAGUUCAGUGAACCCAAAGACCCGAGCAAUCUGUCUCCGAUAGACAGGGAGAACGUGUUUACAACAUUCAGUAACUGUGAUGUUUCAACACUGUCAGUACUGAUUAGCCAGGAGCAGUGCGUCCCUUGCAACAAUCUGGUCAAUUUACCGACUGUGAAAACCUUGUAAAAUGUGAAUGUUUCCUCUGUACUCAGCAAUAUUUUUCAAAUUCUUGAAACUUAUAAAAAUUAGUGCUCAAGUGUUAUGGACAUUGGGAGGUCUGCUAUGUUCCUCUCGGCUUCUCUCCUCGUACUUGUCCUGCAGGGAGUUGUGAGGGAAUUGAUGGCCGUUUGCGAACGAUUAGUGUGUGAGAACAGGCAGGUAAAGACCGACUUCAGGGUCACCCACUUGGGUCGUAUGUCCAAUCUGUGGGGGUAGAACCAGUUCCCUGAUACAAGGCUUAUGGUUUAACAAUCCAUUAUUUAUGUACAUCUGUACUAGAAUAUGCUCUGGACCAAAACUCUGCAUUAAUUAAAGUUAUGCAGGCUAAUAUUAGAACAUUGUAUACAAGGUAGAGCAAGACAUAUUCACGAAUAUAGUUGCUUACACUAAAGAGUCGAGUUGUACAUGCAUCCAUUAUUUUAUCGAUGCAUGGAUUUAAAACUGCCUAGCAUUUCUUUUAAAUCAUGUGCUUGCAAAAUUUUUGUAAAUGAAUUGCCAACCAUUAAAUCAAUGAUUUGCAGCAUACUAACAAAAUAAAAAUACCAUUAACUAC